CGUGCUUCUCCUCCUCCUCCGCAUCGCCGGGUUUUCCUCUUUCUCCCCCGUGAAAAACUGCAUUUAUCAAUCUUCCUUUUUCCUCCAGAUUCCAAACCCUAAAUUCUCUCUCUCCAACCUUCCCGUCGUUUUCCCUCAUUUUCACACUAUCAAAUCCACUCUCGUAAAAGAUCAUCCAUUGAGUUAACCAAAUCUAGAUCAAAGUUUGAUUUUUUUUUAAAUAAAAAAACGUAUUUGUUUCUUCCUCAUGUUGCAUCUGUAAUUGCAAAUCUUCAAUUCCUCCUUCAGACAAUACCCUUGUGUUCUGUUUCACAUAAUCGAUGUAAAUCGAAUUCAAAACAGAGGAAAUCUGUUAUCUUUUUCUAGAAAAUCUGUUUUUGUUCGCCCAAGGGUUCUCAAGGAUGGGGGCUGUGACGUCAUCAAUGGCGGCGAAGUUUGCGUUUUUCCCGCCAAAUCCGCCGUCGUACGGUGUUGAGGCUGAGACAGGAAAGCUGCGGCUGACGGGCGUUGAGAACGUGAAGGAGAACGUUGAAGUGUUGAAGCUGAAGACGAAGAGAGGGAAUCAGGUGGUUGCGGCGUAUAUUAAGAACCCUACAGCCUCACUCACUCUUCUAUAUUCCCACGGCAACGCCGCCGAUCUCGGACAGAUGUUUGAGCUCUUCUCUGAGCUCAGCCUCCAUCUUCGCGUCAACUUGAUUGGGUAUGAUUAUUCGGGUUAUGGGAGGUCUUCAGGAAAGCCUAGUGAGCAGAACACGUACAGCGAUAUAGAAGCAGUGUAUAGAUGCUUGGAGGAGCAAUAUGGUGUGAAGGAACAAGAUGUUAUCUUAUAUGGACAAUCCGUAGGAAGCGGUCCUACUUUAGAAUUGGCUUCUCGGUUACCAAACCUCAGAGCUGUUGUUCUUCACAGUGCAAUUGCUUCCGGUCUUAGAGUCAUGUACCCUGUGAAGCGUACUUACUGGUUUGACAUUUACAAGAAUAUCGACAAGAUAUCUUUUGUCAAAUGUCCGGUUCUGGUAAUUCACGGAACAUCAGAUGAUGUUGUUAAUUGGUCUCAUGGGAAGCAAUUAUUUGAUCUUUGUAAAGAAAAAUAUGAACCACUUUGGAUCAAAGGAGGAAACCACUGUGAUUUAGAGCUAUACCCGCAAUACAUAAAGCAUCUAAAGAAGUUUGUAUCGGCUAUUGAAAAAUCGCCUCAUCUUAGAAACGGACCUGUGCCACAAACAGAGAAGGCGAGGAGCAGUACGGAUAUUAGAGAACCUGCGAGGCCAAGCACAGAUCAAAGAGAGAAAUCAAGAACAAGCACGGAUCAAAGAGAGAUGCCGAAGCUGAGUACUGAGAACAAAGAUAGAGCGAGACCGAGCGUUGAUAAGAGAGAAAGAAAGAGAAAAAGUGUUGAUGGGUCUGAGAAACCGAGUCUUGCCACGGAACAACAAAUACAACCGGAGAAAGGGAGGAAUAGCGUCGACAGAUUUGGGGAGAUGAUAAGAUCAGUAGGUUUGUGCAACAUAGAUUGUUUCAAGCCGACAGCAACAGCUAAGUGAAGUGGCAGACGAAACAUGAACACACAGACACUCACACAUGCCUCCAAAACAUCUAAUUUUAAUUGUUUUGAACUUGGUUUGUUGUCUCUUUCCACUUACGUCCUCUUGUGUUUUGGAAUAUAACAAGUCACACAUCAAUGGUUGAUUACUGUAACUCUGCCGUCACUACUGGAUUGAAAUAGCUUGAUUUGGUUUUUAUAAACUUUAAAUAUAACAGAUUCGAAUA